AUGACUCAAGCUUCUGGCCUUAUACUCAAUACCUUUGAUCAGCUAGAAGCCCCCAUUAUCAGCAAGCUCACUACUAUAUUUCCUAAAGUCUACACCAUUGGUCCUCUCCACACUCUCAUCAAGACUCAAAUUGCAGACAAUAGUUCAUUGUCCCUUCAUUUGAGAAAAGAAGACAAAAGCUGCAUAACUUGGCUGGACCAACAAAAGGACAAGUCAGUUUUGUAUGUCAGUUUUGGCACUUUGGCAAAGGUGUCAUCUGAGCAACUAUUGGAGUUUUGGCACGGUUUGGUGGCUAGUUUAAAGCCUUUCUUGUGGGUUAUUCGGAAGGAUCUUAUCAUUAGGGAAGGUGGUUUGGGUCAUAAUAAUGUUCCUAUGGAGCUUGAAUUAAGAACUAAAGAAAGAGAGGGUUUGUGGUGGAUUGGGCACCCCAAGAAGAGGUUUUGGCUCAUCCUGCAGUGGACGAUCAAUAGUAGGUGUGUGAGUGCGCAAUGGAGGAUUGGGAUUGACAUGAAUGGAACUUGUGACAGGUUAGUUGUUGAGAAGAUGGUGAAGAAUGUGAUGGAGAAUCAAUCACGGCUCACAAGCUUCGCAUAUGAGAUUGCAAAACAAGCUCAUGAUAGUGUCAAAGAAAAUGGUUCCUCUCUUCAGAGCGUAGAGAAUUUGAUCAAGGACAUUAAGUCAAUGAAGGUAAUUAGGAAUUAA